AUGCUGCUGAAAAAUUGCGAGACGGACAAGCAGCGAGAUAUACGGUAUGCGUGUUUGUUCAAGGAACUUGAUGUUAAGGGAAAUGGUCAAGUUACUCUAGAUAAUCUGAUAAGUGCUUUUGAGAAGAACGACCAUCCGCUCAAGGGAAAUGAUGAGGCAAUCAAAAUGCUGUUUACUGCAAUGGAUGUUAACAAGGACUCUGUAGUUGAUUUAAGCGAUUUCAAGAAGUAUGCUUCCAAUGCCGAAUCUCAAAUUUGGAACGGCUUCCAGAGGAUAGAUUUAGAUCAUGACGGUAAGAUUGGCAUUAACGAAAUAAAUAGGUAUUUGUCAGACCUCGACAACCAGAGCAUAUGUAAUAAUGAACUUAAUCAUGAACUUUCAAAUGAAAAGAUGAACAAAUUCUCGAGGUUUUUUGAAUGGGCGUUUCCAAAGAGAAAAGCCAACAUUGCGCUACGAGGCCAGGCUAGCCACAAAAAGAAUACUGAUAAUGAUCGGUCAAAGAAAACCACCGACUCAGAUUUAUACGUUACAUAUGAUCAAUGGAGAGACUUUUUGCUGCUGGUACCGAGAAAGCAGGGUUCGAGACUUCAUACUGCUUAUUCCUAUUUUUACCUAUUCAACGAAGAUGUCGAUCUGUCCUCAGAGGGAGAUGUUACUCUCAUAAACGAUUUCAUUCGCGGGUUCGGGUUUUUUAUUGCUGGUGGUAUUUCAGGUGUUAUUUCAAGGACUUGUACCGCGCCAUUUGAUAGACUGAAAGUGUUUCUCAUCGCAAGAACGGAUCUAUCCUCGAUCUUGUUAAAUUCAAAAACAGAUCUCCUUGCUAAAAACCCCAAUGCUGACAUAAACAAGAUAUCAUCUCCAUUAGCAAAGGCUGUCAAAAGCUUAUAUAGGCAAGGCGGGAUAAAGGCUUUUUAUGUUGGGAACGGUUUAAACGUCAUCAAAGUUUUUCCAGAAAGUUCGAUAAAGUUUGGUUCUUUCGAGGUCACCAAGAAAAUAAUGACCAAAUUAGAAGGCUGCCGCGACACAAAAGAUCUUUCAAAGUUCUCUACUUACAUUGCUGGUGGUUUAGCUGGUAUGGCAGCUCAGUUUUCCGUUUAUCCUAUAGAUACUUUGAAAUUCAGGGUGCAGUGCGCUCCUUUGGACACAAAGUUGAAGGGGAAUAAUUUGCUCUUUCAGACUGCAAAAGAUAUGUUUCGAGAGGGGGGGGGUCAGAUUAUUUUACAGAGGUGUCACAGUCGGUAUAGUGGGCAUAUUUCCCUAUGCUGCAUUAGAUUUGGGGACUUUUUCUGCCUUAAAAAAAUGGUAUAUUGCCAAACAGGCAAAGACCCUGAACCUACCACAAGAUCAGGUCACUCUAAGCAACCUGGUUGUACUUCCAAUGGGUGCAUUCAGUGGAACUGUAGGAGCUUCUGUUGUUUAUCCAAUCAAUCUUUUAAGAACAAGACUACAAGCCCAAGGAACAUAUGCACAUCCUUAUGUGUAUAA